UUCCUUCCUUCCUCACAAAGCGAACAUCCCUCUCGCCAAACCAUCCCACACACACAACCCUCCACCCACACCUACCACCUACCACCUACCACCUACCACAUUCUUAAACCCUCGAAACCCUACAGUCAAUCAUUUACAAUCACAUUAAUAUGAUCUUGUCCAUCGCCACCUAGCCUCCUCCUGCCUUAAUCUCUGGGAGCUGGCGUCCCACACAGUCAACCAUGGCCAAACCUCCACAUCGGCCCCCAGGCCGGCGUGGAGGAUCCAAGUCAAUGAUCACCUGGGCUCUCCUGCUCUUCCUCAUUGCUGCCGCGCAGUCACAAUCCCUCCCACAAUCAGAGUCUAUUCAGAGACUGGUUGCUUCGACCCAGACGCCCGUCCCAGACUCAAAUCGACACCCUCAGGCUGGCCGCAGUCCACCCGAGAUCCCACUCCUUAAAAACGACGUGACCACCGUCCGAUUCAGAAGUACCGAUGAAUCACCCCAAAACCACAAACCUCGUGCCUUGGCUCCGGCUCACGAUGCCCGUGACGCUGUUCGAGCACCUCUUGUUCAGUCUGCCGAGUCCUCAGGACUCUCGUCGCUUGCCCCAGCGCGGCUACUACAAGAUUGGGAGGUCGAGAAUAUUGUGCUUCUUGCCACUAUCGAUGGCACCAUACAUGCUCGAGACCGCCAAAGUGGUGACGCCAGGUGGUCUUUGGGCUUCCCAAACAGCCCUAUGAUUGAAACUAUUCACUACAACCUCAAUCGUUCAGGCGCCGAAGGCUCUCUGUACGACGAUGACUACAUCUUCAUCGUGGAGCCUAGCAAGGACGGAGAUUUAUAUAUCCAACACAAAGAUCCUAGAAUUGGGUUACAACGAUUGGGUCUUACCAUCAGAGAGCUCGCCUCCCAAACACCCCAUUUCGUCGAUGACCCGCCUUUGGUCACCAUUGCUUCGCAGGAAACUACUGCAUACGUUGUUGACGCAGCCACCGGAAACAUCAUUCAACAAUUCGACAAGUACAGAGGCUUCUCGAGUGAGGACAAUGGCCGCAACUGCAGAAAACUGAGUGGAUUUGAACUUGAUGACCCUGCAUGUGAGCCACUAGGCAUCAUCAACCUCGGCAGAGUCGAGUACACCGUUCAAGUCUCCCAUAAAAUUACAAACAAACCCCUCUGCACUCUCAAGUUCUCAGAGUGGCUUCCCAACAUGGGCGACAGUGAUCUGCAAGAUCAAUACGUCGCUCCACUUGACAACAUCCAAAUCCAACCCACUUACAAUGGCCGUAUCUUUGGCAUCAACACUAACCAGGCCGCCAACAAGAGACCACAAUUCACCCACACUUUCGACACCCCUGUCGCUAGAGUCUUCGACAUCGUCCGCCCUUUGGACAAUGUGGAAGAGUCGCCCAAGCUGGUUGUUCUCGCUAGACCGACAGAUUCUCCAUUGUUAUCAUCUCAGCGCACCUCCGCCACCGACUUUGACCGAUCUGAUCUCGUCUUUGUCAACAAGACUGAGUCCGGCAUGUGGUUCGCCAUGUCGGAAAUCUCCUACCCUGGUAUCACCAAUGGUGCUUCGCAAGCAAGCUCAAAUUGGAAUUAUGACAACCACCUCCUGAACUUCGAGGGAGAGAUGGACGAGAUCGUCGGAGUCCAUGUUUUGUCUGGCAUGGAGCACCAGGCGCCUUUGCCACUGAGUCUUCCUGCCCCGCCAACAUCGGACUUGGCCAAAGGCUCUGAAAAUGCUCUCGCUGCCCUAGAAGCAAAGCUGCCCCCUGCCAUCUUGCCUCUCAUUCACCAUCCCCUCCUCUCGUUCUUCAACAUAGUCGUUGCUACUGUUUUUCUCCUAGCCCUUGGUAUUCAACUGAGAGUACCCUUGAUGUUAAAGGCGCGACGGCUCCUCCAGCAGCUCGGUGUUGACGUCAACAUCAAACAGAACAAUCCUAAAGCCGUCAAACUCGCUGCAACGUCCGCGACGGAAGAUGAAGCCCCUGUGGCAGGUGUUCCGACAGCUCCAUCUGCUCAAGGAACUGUUUCUGAAGUCCCUGAAACCGUCGCGGUAACACCUGUGAGGAGUCGCGCUCAAAGUACUGUUGUCGACCCGAUGAGCCCCGCAAAGAGUGUCAAGGUCGCAGAGCCAAACGAUGAAAGUUCCGAUGGCGACUCUGACGAGGAGAAACCUAAGUCUGAAUCCACAUCAAAUGACGUUGCAGAAAAUGGUGGUCAGCCUCGUCGGAGACAUGCGAAGCGAGGGAAGCGAGGGGGAAAGAAGAACAAGAAGGCCAAAAAGACAAUGGAUCCAGAGGCCAUGGAUGAGAAUACAGCUCUCACUCCAGAACUCCCGACAAAGGAUGGUUUGCUCCAAGUUGGCCGGCUUCGCAUCGACACAAAGGAGGACAGUUGCUUGGGCCGAGGUAGCAACGGUACCGCCGUCUUCCCCGGAACCUUAGAUGGCCGAGAGGUUGCUGUCAAGCGUUUGAUCCGCUCAUCCAACAGCCUUGCAGCAAAGGAAAUCAAACACCUUCUGUCGAGCGAUGAAAACCCUCACGUCAUUCGUUACUUUGGCAAGGAAGAGUCUCAGCAUUUUACCUACAUCGCACUCGAGCUAUUCACCACAUCUCUAGACCAGUUCAUCGAACGCCCCCUAUCAUAUCCAAACCUCGUCAAGCUGCCAGAAGGCUUUGAUGUCAAGGACUGCUUGCGCCAGAUCACUGAUGGCGUUCAACAUCUUCAUUCUCUCAAACUUGUGCACCGAGAUAUUAAGCCUCAGAACGUGCUGGUCAAAGCUGUCAAAAGUCACAGGCCCACAGCUGGUUUGCCAAAACUGCAGUUUGUGAUAUCAGACUUUGGACUAUGUAAGCCAUUGGAAGAAGGUCCUGAGUCGACUUUUGCUCCUACCGCAAAUCACACCGCAGCUGGUACUACCGGAUGGCGGGCUCCCGAACUUCUAGUCAACUCUCGUGCCACCUUACCCACACCCGCUAUUGCAUCCAGUGCUUCAAAAUCGACAAUUCAUUCCAGCGAUGGCACAACCCCUGAUAGGUCAUCUGGUCGCCGAGCCACAAAAGCCAUCGACAUCUUCUCCCUUGGUUGUGUCUUCUACUAUGUCAUGACACAGGGCCAUCAUCCCUUUGAUGUGGGCGGUACAAGUCUCGGUCGUGAUCUGAAUAUCAAAGAGAACAAGUUUUCGACCGAUGCGUUACGGUUACAUGACUAUCAAUAUGACGCCGACGAUCUUAUCAUGCAAAUGCUCAAAAAUGAUCCGAAACAUCGGCCGGAUACCCACGAUAUCCUUCGACACCCGUACUUUUGGGACGUGGAGGACAAACUCGACUUUUUGUGUGAUGUCUCUGACUGCUACGAAAGGGAGAAGAACUCUAUCAACAAUCCAUUCGAUAACAAUGCCGUGCGAACACCCGCAGAGAAGGAGGCUCUUGAGGAAUUGGCUGCGCUCGAGUCAUUGUCACCUAAUGUGAUUGGUCCUUCGCGGGACUUCUUGCGCGCUUUGCCACGAUCGUUCAUCAACGAGAUGGGCAAGCAACGCAAGUACACAGGUUCCAAGAUGAUUGAUCUUCUUCGGGUGAUUCGCAACAAGAAGAACCAUUUCCAUGAUCUCCCGGACGAUGUCAAGGAGCAGAUGCUGGGAGGAAGUUCGAGAGGAUACUAUGAGUUCUGGGUCAAGAGGUUUCCUAGCUUGCUGAUUAAUUGCCAUGCUCUGAUCCUUGAACGGGAUGUUGUAGCAAGGAUGAGACUGGAGAGAUAUUAUGACUUAUCUGAAUGAAUCGCGGUAUUCGUCGGGCUUUCUACGAUACCGGUUAUUCAAUAACCAAUAAAAUUUUACUUUAGUCUACAUA